UGUAUCGAACGUAAACAAAAUUUAUCAAAAAUCUGCUGUUUGUAUUCGUCAUCGCUUCGACUGCAGCUAAUUUAAUCGAAUAUUUUAAAUAAGACAAAUAUUUCGCUUACUCGCGCCCGUUUUAAAAAUCAGAGGCGGAGCACAGCAGCAGCUGUCCGUGACCGGUUCCACUAAAAUGAUACACAGCUUGUUCAUAGUCAACAGCAGCGGGGAUGUAUUUUUAGAGAAACAUUGGCGCAGUGUUGUAUCACGCACCUGCGUGUCCUACUUUCUCGAUGUUCACCGUGAAUCGGCAAAUAACGUACCACCAGUCCUGUCCACGCCUCACCACUACCUCGUAUCGAUUCAGCGCAACGGCAUCUCGCUGGUGGCCGCCUGCAAGCAGGAGUUUCCGCCACUGUUCGUGAUCGAGUUUCUGCACCGUGUGGUGGACACGUUUGAGGACUACUUUUCCGAGUGCAAUGAGAAUGUGAUAAAGGAAAACUACGUGAUCGUGUACGAGCUGUUGGACGAAAUGCUAGACAACGGGUUCCCGCUCGCGACCGAGUGCAACAUACUGAAGGAGCUUAUAAAACCACCGAACAUUCUGCGCACCAUCGCCAAUUCGGUCACGGGAAAAUCCAAUAUCAGUGGUACACUUCCGUCGGGACAGCUGUCCGCGAUACCAUGGAGACGCACGGGCGUGAAGUACACCAACAACGAAGCAUACUUUGAUGUUGUCGAAGAGGUUGAUGCCAUCAUCGACAAGAACGGACAGACGAUCUUUGCUGAGAUACAAGGCUAUAUCGAUUGCUGCAUUAAACUCAGCGGUAUGCCGGAUUUGUCUCUUUCGUUCAUGAAUCCGCGUCUCUUCGACGACGUUUCGUUCCAUCCGUGCGUCCGCUUCAAGCGCUGGGAAUCGGAACGAAUUCUCUCCUUCAUUCCACCCGACGGCAACUUCCGGCUGAUGUCGUACCAUGUCGGGUCCCAGAGUAUCGUAGCAAUUCCGAUCUACGUGCGGCACAAUCUGGUGCUGCGUUCAGGAGAACAGUCCCGAUUAGACAUUACCGUCGGUCCAAAGACGACAAUGGGUCGUACGGUUGAGAGUGUUAAGCUGGACAUUUGUAUGCCCAAAGCGGUCACAAACUGUUCGCUGGUGGUGAACCAGGGCAAGUACACGUACGACACGGUGAACAAAGUACUGCACUGGGACAUUGGACGGAUCGAUGCGGCCAAGUUGCCCAACAUUCGCGGCACGGUUUCUGUUGCCGCCACCAACUCGACGCUUGAAACGACGAUCGACAGAGUACACUUCACCAUCUCGCAGAUGGCCGUUUCGGGGCUGAAAGUGAACCGGCUGGACAUGUACGGCGAAAAGUACAAACCCUUCAAGGGUGUAAAGUACGUGACAAAGGCAGGCAAGUUCCAAAUACGCAUGUAAGAGCCCUCGAAACGUUAUUUGCUGUAAGCGAACACUAAAACAUAUAUGCAAGAGCAGACGAACAAUGAAAAUGGAAAUAUGUAACAAACACGUUCAGGUUCGUACCGUUAA